CCUGCCCUGCCCUGCCCAGCGGCGGGAUGCGCCAGGAUGGGUGGCCCAGGGCGCUCCAGGGCUGCGGCGGGAUGCCCGGAGCGGGUCACGCCUAGCCGCAUCCAUUGUGCCCAGCGAGGGGACCGCUAGGCACCACCGCAGCAGCCUCCUGUCAGCAGCGGUGCCAGUGUCGCAGCAGCAGCAGCAGCAGCAGCAGCCCGAGGGAGGAGAAGCCCCCAUGCCCAGCCCGCCCCCCUGACAGCCACAGGUCGAAGGGGAGCCCGUCAGGGGCAGGGGCGGCGCCAUGGCCAACCGGCCGCCCAAGAGCAGCGAGGCCCUGAAGGUGGUGGUGCGCUGCCGGCCGAUGCACCGCAAGGAGGAGGCGGCAGGCUACGAACGGAUCCUGGACCUGGACGUCAAGCUGGGGCAGGUGACCAUCCGGAACCCCAAGGCCUCCCCGGGGGAGCUGGCCAAGACCUUCACCUUCGACGCCGUCUACGACGCCAGCUCCAAACAGGCCGACCUGUACGACGAGACCGUGCGCCCGCUGAUCGACUCGGUGCUGCAGGGCUUCAACGGGACCAUCUUUGCCUACGGGCAGACGGGCACGGGCAAGACCUACACCAUGCAAGGCGCCUGGACCGACCCGGAGAAGAGGGGCGUCAUCCCCAUCUCCUUCGAGCACAUCUUCACCCACAUCUCCCGCUCGCAGAACCAGCAGUACUUGGUGAGGGCCUCCUACCUGGAGAUCUACCAGGAGGAGAUCCGGGAUCUGCUGGCCAAGGACCAGAGCAAGAAGAUGGAGCUGAAGGAGAACCCGGAGACCGGCGUGUACAUCAAGGACCUGUCCUCCUUCGUGACCAAGAACGUCAAGGAGAUUGAGCACGUCAUGAACUUGGGCAACCAGGCACGCUCGGUCGGCAGCACCAACAUGAACGAGUACAGCUCCCGCUCGCACGCCAUCUUCGUCAUCACGGUGGAGUGCAGCGAGGAGGGGCCCGACGGGGAGGACCACAUCCGCGUGGGGAAGCUGAAUCUGGUGGAUCUGGCCGGGAGCGAGCGCCAGAGCAAGAUGGGCACCCAGGGGGAGCGCCCCAAGGAGGCCUCCAAGAUCAACCUGUCCCUCUCCGCCCUGGGCAACGUCAUCUCGGCCCUGGUGGACGGCAAGAGCACCCACAUCCCCUACCGGGACUCCAAGCUCACCCGGCUGCUGCAGGACUCCCUGGGCGGGAACGCCAAGACCAUCAUGGUGGCCACGCUGGGCCCGGCCUCGCACAGCUACGACGAGAGCCUGUCCACGCUCCGCUUCGCCAACAGGGCCAAGAACAUCAAGAACAAGCCGCGGGUCAACGAGGACCCCAAGGAUACGCUCCUGCGGGAGUUCCAGGAGGAGAUCACCCGGCUGAAGGCCCAGCUGGAGAAGAGGGGGAUGCUCAGCAAGAAGAGGAGGAGGAACAGCCGGAGGAAGAAGUCGGCCGGAGGGGAUGGGACCCCCGAGGCGGAGGACGGAGAGGAGGACGGGGGUCUGGAGAAGGACAUGAAGAACUACCUGAAGGAGCAGGAGGAGAGGCUGGAGGAGGAGAAGGCAGCCAUCCAGGACGACCACAGCCUGGUGAGCGAGGAGAAGCAGAAGCUGCUGCAGGAGAAGGAGAAGAUGAUCGAGGAGCUGCGGAAGGAGCAGGAGGCCACGCAACUCCUGGCCACAAAGUACAAGGCGAUGGAGAGCAAGUUGCUGAUUGGCGGAAGGAACAUCAUGGACCACACCAACGAGCAGCAGAAGAUGUUGGAGCUGAAGAGGCAGGAGAUUGCAGAGCAGAAGCGUCGGGAGCGCGAAAUGCAGCAGCAGGUGCUCUUGCGGGACGAGGAGACCAUGGAGCUGCGGGAGACGUUCACCUCCUUACAGCAGGAAGUGGAGAUCAAGACCAAGAAGCUGAAGAAGCUCUAUGCAAAACUCCAAGCUGUGAAGGCCGAGAUCCAGGACCAGCACGACGAAUACAUCCGCGUGCGGCAAGACCUGGAGGAGGCACAGAAUGAGCAGACGAGGGAACUGAAGCUCAAGUAUCUGAUCAUUGAAAACUUCAUCCCCCCCGAGGAGAAGAACAAAAUCAUGAACCGCCUUUACUUUGACUGCGAGGAAGACCAGUGGAAAUUCCAGCCCUUGGUGCUAACGCCAGGAAGCAGCAGUGGGAGCGGAAGCAACAGCCCCAGCACCACCACGGCCACCCAGAUGAAGAAGCGGCCGACCUCCGCCGUGGGCUACAAGAGGCCCAUCAGCCAGUACGCUCGCCUGGCCAUGUCGAUGGGCUCCCAUCCUCGGUACCGGGCUGAGAAUAUCAUGUUCCUGGAACUGGAUGUCUCCCCGCCGGCCGUCUUUGAGUUCGAGAUCACACGGGACCCGAGCGAGCACGACCCACGGGCCCUGUAUCUGGAGAGGCUCAUGCGCCUCGACAGCCUCCUGGAACGACCGGCGGCGUCGCGAGUGCGGAAGUCGCGGUCUUGGUGCCAGGCUCCCCGUUCUCUGCCAUCGUCGACGACGCACGUGUCGCUUGCCUCCAGCUCACAGAACGCUGCCACAGCACUGGCUCACGAGUAACAACGCCCCGUUGGCCCUCCCUGGCCCUUCCUUUCGCACAUGGAGUAUGAGGCUCCUUCUCCCGUCACCUGCUGCCUCGGAGGACACGUGGUCCAGGGAGGGGGGGGGGUCCCCCUGCACUAACUCUUCUUUG